AUGGCUUCACGAAACCAGUUCGUCUUCGACGGGUUUGCACCACCUCGAUCAACUCUACAAAGAUUCAUAUACAACGCUUGUGACCCUAUUGCCAACCUAGAACCGAAUCUGGCGCUGAAUCUCGAGAUUGUCGACCUGAUCAACUCCAAAAAGGGCAAUGCGCCUCGUGAGGCCGCAGUCACCAUUGUCCAACUCAUCAACCACAGAAACCCCAAUGUCUCUUUGCUAGCCCUCUCACUGCUCGAUAACUGCGUCAAGAACUGCGGAUACCCUUUCCACCUCCAGAUCAGCACCAAAGAGUUCCUCAAUGAACUCGUUCGACGGUUUCCUGAACGGCCUCCGAUACGACCGAGUCGAGUACAGGCCAAGAUACUGGAAGCAAUCGAGGAAUGGCGGAGUACGAUAUGUCAGACUUCCAGGUACAAGGAAGACCUGGGCUUCAUCAGGGACAUGCACAGGCUGCUGCUGUACAAGGGCUACAUGUUCCCGGAAGUGCGCAGCGAAGAUGUCGCAGUUCUGAACCCAAGCGAUAAUCUCCAGUCGGCGGAGGAAAUGGAGGAAGAGGAGCGAGCGGCUCAAUCGGCGAAGCUGCAGGAACUGAUCCGGCGAGGACGACCUCAAGAUCUCCAAGAAGCGAACAGGUUGAUGAAAGUCAUGGCUGGCUACGAUACUAGGCACAAGACAGAUUAUCGGGCGAAAGCAGCAGAGGAGGUCGCGAAAGUCCAGCAGAAAGCCAAAAUAUUAGAAGAAAUGCUACAGAGCCAAACGCAGGGCGACAAGAUCGGGAAUGGUGAUGUCUUCGAGGAACUUGCUAGUGCGCUUCAGAGUGCUCAUCCCAAAAUCCAGAAGAUGUGCGAAGAGGAGUCAGAUGACGCCGAAGCAGUGGCCAAGCUCUUGGAAAUUAACGACAGUAUACACCGGACCAUUGAGCGAUACAAGUUGAUGAGAGCCGGAGAUAUCGAGGCCGCCAACAAAAUCGCAAAAGGAACCCUGGGAACCACCACUGGAGUUGGCAAAAAUGCAGCAAAUGAAUUAUCGUUGAUUGAUUUCGACCCAGAACCCCCGGCCGCGCCGCCGGCGGGAGCGUCGUCGAGUUCUGGUACCAAUGGCUCACUUCUCGACACCGGCCCGAUAACUUCCACCACACAAGCCAGACCAAAGACCGUCGAGGACGACUUGUUGGGGCUGUCGUUGGACGAUUCAGCCGCUGGCUCACUAGGAGCCAUAUCACUCGGGCCUAGCACGGGUUUCUCAGCACCAUCAGGCUCCAUCUUCUCGAAUGCACCUUCGAGUCUAUUGUCAAACCAGCCAUCUGUUCCUCACACAUCGCCCCAACCAUCGCCUAAGCCGAAUUAUGAUGCUUUUGCCUCGCUCACAAGCCUUGCUCCUACCUCGAAAUCCGCAACUCCAGUUCCCAUGGCACAGCAUCAACAGCCACCACGACCGUCCACUCAGGCCCUGGCUGAUCCUUUUGCAGCGCUAGUGUCAGCUGGUUCACGUCCUUCUACUCCCUCAAAGCAAAGCAACGUUUCUCAGCCCGCGUCACAGCCCUCAGCAGUAUCCAACCAAGGUGCUUCUGCCCACGCUGAAGAUGACUGGACUUUCGAGUCGGCCUUGCCGGAACCACAGACAAUCAAGGUUCUCUCUGGUUCUCUGGAAAUCGAUUUCGAAGCGCGAAGGAUGGCAGGACAAGCUGUAAUCCAGAUCACGGCGCACUUCUCCAACACGACGCAACAGCGGAUCACUGGAUUGCAUUUUCAAGUCGCGGUGGAGAAAAGUUACACACUCCAACUGAGGCCUCAAAGUAGUCGCGAAUUAGCCCCUACCACACGGCACGCGGUCCAGCAGGAGAUCCUCCUGAAUGGCGUGCCAGUGGGGAAGGGCCGCCAGGUCAAAAUGCGGUUCAAAGUAUCUUAUGCUUUGGAUGGACAACCUCAGGAACAGCAGGGCAACGUCCCACCGCUUGGGGUUAGUUAA